AUGUUAAACUGACGUCAAACCGGUGGGUCUUCGGCUAACAAAAAUCUACUGGAUAAAGUUUUCUGUCGUCGAGAUUCCGUUCUGACCGUGCUAUUUGAGAUCUCACAUAUCCGGACGGUGUAUCACAUGUUUGUUGCUAUUCUAGUCAUUUUCUCCCUGAACACUAUUUUGGUGGAUUUGCUAGAUCCGAAAAAUUCCAUGUCCACCUAUGAUGUGGAAUUUUUCCGGUUCGCUUUCGGUAAAUUUCACGAAGUGGUCACUUGUUGGUUUUACAUGCAAAUCAGUACCAUGUUUGUGCCGUUUCUCGGUUUCCUGCUCUGGUGUACAAAACGUCCGACCACAUCCCGAGUAUGCACCUGCGACUGGAUCGCGUUAGCAUGCUUUGUGCUACAACAGGUAAGAAAAGAUCCAUGUUUUGAUUAA